AUGACUGCAUGCAUCUUCAUACGAGGAGGCAAAAUUGACAGAGAAUUGGCAGAUGAUGAAAUUGAAGAGCUGAGAGAGGCAUUUAAUGAGUUUGAUAAGGAUAAGGAUGGACUAAUAAGCUGUAAGGACCUGGGAAACCUGAUGAGGACCAUGGGAUACAUGCCAACUGAGAUGGAACUGAUAGAGUUGGGCCAGAACAUUAACAUGAACUUAGGAGGGAGAGUAGACUUUGAAGACUUUGUAGAGUUGAUGGCUCCAAAGCUAUUGGCUGAAACAGCUGGGAUGAUUGGUGUAAAGGAACUACGAGAUGCUUUCAAAGAGUUUGAUAUGGAUGGUGAUGGAGAAAUCACUACAGAGGAGCUGAGGUGUGCUAUGAGUAAACUACUGGGAGAGCAUAUGAACCAAAGAGAGAUUGAUGCUGUGGUCAGAGAGGCAGACAACAAUGGGGAUGGGACAGUAGACUUUGAAGAAUUUGUGAGGAUGUUGUCAAACUGCUGA